AUGAGAACACCAGAAGCACAUCAUAUCACUCCAGUGCAACCACCAUCAAUGGUUCGCAAUUCUAUUAUGAUGAGAACACCAGACGUACAACCAAUGCGACCAUCAGUGAUGCAACAAUCUCGCAAUUCCUUUAGUGUUAUAGAAGGUUCAAUUAACCCUCAUCAAGAAGAUGCUGGUUUCAACGUUUCUGGUUUAAUUCAAGACUCCACUAGCAUGAGCACGAGUCCACAACCUGUUCGGUCACGUGUCUCUAGAUCAAACUCCCAAAACACUUCAAUGAGCAUGAGUCCUCGACCUGUUCGUAUCCGUCGACCACCGGCAUAUCUGAAGGACUACCUAACGGGGGGAGGAGUGUUAUUUCCAGUUAAACGAAGGAGAGGACGCCCGCCUAAGUCUGAACAGUUACGUCAAGAAAUUGUAAAAUUCAAAUGUGAAACAUGCCCUAGAGAAUUUAACACUCUGCCUGGGCUGCAACGUCACGAGUCUAGUUGUCGCAAGAUGAACCCUCGCAAAGGCAAGCAGCUAGCUGAUGACUCUGACGGCUACACUCCCAAUGUGCCUAUCUACAACAAACAGCUAAACAUCAAUCAGAUACUAGAAGGAACCCUUGAAGGAGAUCAGGUCGCCAUAGAGGCAGUUGAUGUGAAAGACCCUUACGCUUUUGAAGAGGGAAGGUGCCAUUGUUGUGGAGAAGAUAUUGAAACAGCUCACAUGGGAGGAGAGUUUGAAUGUACAGAAUGCCAGAAACUGUUCAGACUUAAAUCGUCACUGGAAAGACAUCGAAGAGUGAUUCAUAACGAGGGUGACUCCUACAAGUGUCCAGAAUGUGAUGCUAGAUGUCCUGACAAGGGCACACUUGCUCGUCACAUGUACACUCAUACUGGUUUGAAGCCAGUCUCUUGUCCUGUUUGCAACACUAUGUUUAGCAGGAAAUACCAUCUCAUCAGGCAUAAUUACCAGACUGGCUGUGACGGGUCUAAGAGGCCCACCUUCCCUUGUCAGGUGUGUGGUCGGGUGUUUAAUCGCAAAGACAAUCUAAGAGAGCACCUGCGGGCUCAUGCUGGUCAGACCAAGCGCAAGAAGAGAUACACUUGUGAGGAGUGCAAUGAGGAGUUUGUAGGUCUACAGACACUCACAAUGCAUAGGAGAUCCCACACAGGGGAUAAACCAUGGCCGUGUGAUUUCUGUCCCAAACAGUUCCCAUCUCAAGGAGCUCUGAAGAAGCACAGAAGAAAACAUACAGGAGAAAGGCCUUAUGAAUGUAGUUAUUGUUAUGCGAGGUUUGCUGCCAAAGAGACUCUGAACCGUCACCUACGCACUCACACUGGAGUGAAGCCCCACACUUGUCAAUAUUGUGGCAAAGGCUUCAUACAGGCUUCCCAGCUGCGAGCUCACAUCUUCCACCACUCAGGUACUACUCCCAUAUCAAUGAUACAAGGCGUGAUACAAAAUAAUAGGGGCUUCACCUGUGAUCAAUGCGGCAAGUCCUUCAACCGCAAGCAGCGCCUGCAGCUGCAUGUCAAGUACGUUCAUGAAGGCGCAGAGCCAUUCAGAUGUGACACCUGCAGUCGCACUUUCCUACGCAAGGAGGACCUUGCACGGCACCAGCUCCUGCAUUCUGGUGUUAAAGAACACAAAUGUCCUAUAUGUGGUAAGGCAUUUGCCAUGAAGUCUUCUCUGAAAAUCCAUCUUUUGACACAUACCAAGGAACCGCCAAGAUCAUGUGACGAGUGUGGUAGAGCAUUCAUUCGUCAGGACUGUCUUCUGCGUCAUAUGCGUACCAAACAUCGUGACAUGUUGGAGGAGAUCAUGCAGGAAGCAGAGAAGAAGAAGUUACAACAGCAGCUGCUUGCAGCAGCUAAUCAAGCAGCUCAGGAACUGCCUACAGAAGAGCCUCAUGUCCUUACAGAGGACAGCCUGGCAGAGAACGUGAGGCAGCUGCUCACUCUGCUGGUAGACGAGACCACACUCAAGGCCUUCGGUUGGCCAGAUGCGUCGGUUGACAAGUUACUGGAAGCAGUGAUCCGUCGUUGUGGUCAUCAGCCUGCUGGGUUCCCUGACAUGCCCUACGCAGACCGACUGCGGGAGAACGCCAAACUGCUCUUCACUGUGGUCAUUGACGACAAUGCUGUCAAAACUCUACUCAACAACCAGACUGUGGAUGAAGUGAUCCUGCAUGUGCUGCGACUUGCCAAGCCAUAAAACUGAGACCAUAACAUAGGUCAUAAAGAUUUUUUAUAGAAAACUAAUUUUAACACUAGUUUUACAGGAUUACUGACAAUUAUUCUAAAAAUUUCGAAAUAUAAUGCAAUUGAAUUUUUUUUUAAUUAACAAAACAAUAGCCUGACAACUUAAACACGUAUUGUACAGUUUUGAACUGUUUCUUAAGAUCGGUUUAACUGUCUUACUUUCAGCCACUUUGUAUUCAAUUUAUAAACUGAACUGACUACGACUUGUUACGAUUGUGUGCAGUUAUCUGCCUCUGGUCAUGGUGCUGUGCAUCUCAACUGCAGAGAAAAGUUUUUGUUGCCGUUUAAUUUUGUUGAUUUUGAAUUAAGUUUGGAAUUUGUUCUUUAUUCUUCAUGUUAACCAUUCAAAACAUAUAGAAAUUGUAUAAGUAAGAAGGGAAACUGGGGAGUGUUUCCAUUUGUUUUAUAAAGUAGUAGGAUACUUUGCUUGUAAAGCUAUUUUUUAGCCUUACAUUUAUAGACAGGUCUCCAGCUGUGCAGUAUUACAUCAAAUGGUUUGUUGUUCACAUACUUGCUGGCAAGUCUCUUCCUGCCUUAAUGUGUAGUCUGAAUUUGUAUUUUUAAUAUUCGUAUACAUGCACAUAUUUUUAUAGAAGUGAUAAGUAAUAUAUAUAUAUAUUCAGAUUUCAAAUUAUUAUAUGUAUUAUAAACCAUAUUUGUAUUUAUACGCAAUAAUGUAUUAAUAGUUAGAAUCGAAGGAAAAGGUUGGGGAUAAUAUUUUAUAUAUUUGAUAUAGUAAUGAAAUCUGUAAAUAAUAUUUUUACUCUGAGUUAAUUACUAUGAUUAUUGAGGGUGUUUUAGCCCAGAGAUGGUAAGAACACUUCUAUGAAGUGUACACAAGAGUUUAAGCCUUAUUAUGGAUUUACUCAAUGAAAGUGAUUUUCUUGCGUCCUACUAAGAUAUUUUAAACAUUUUUUUUACUAUUAAUGCAAAAACAAUGAUAACAUUGGUAAGGGUUGUUUUAGUCGUAGAACUAUGUAGUCUCUGGGUGUAGAUGCUAUUAAAAGUCUUCUGUCUAUUGUCGACUUCAAAACACAGGAUUUUAAUGUCAUUAUAUAAUAUUUAACUAAUUAUGCUGUUGAUAAUAAUAUGUUUGUGUAUUUUUAUUUUAUGAGAGAUUUUGAAACUUGACAUAUUUUAAUAACACAUCAGUUUUUAUAUUAUUAUUUUUUUUGUAAAUCUUGCAUUUUAAGGUUAUUAAAUCCAUAUUGUUUUAUUAAUGAAAUAAUUAAUUUUAAUCCUUUGGUAUGCGAUAUAAAUUGUUAGAUCGCAUUAUCCUAAACAUUUGAUGUAUUAUUUGAUUAUUUAGCAAUAUGUGCAAAUGAUGCAAAAGGAGUAUCUGAAGGUAUUUUUCCUCUGUUACAAAUUUAGUUUUUGUACAAUUACAAUUAUAAUAACUUAUGUAUGAAUUGUGAUUUUAUCACUUUUAAUUGAAGUCCAAUUUUUUAAGUGGUGUCAAUAUUAUACAACUAUUGAACGUUACACACUGAAAAUCAUUUGUAGCUUAAGCCUAUAAAUUGAACCCUUUCCUAACAAAAAACCCAAUGCCAGAAAGAUUUGACAGUUUAAGUAAACAUAAACUGGAGAAAAGUACAGAUGGUUUACUUGGAUAUGCACAACAUUUAUUUUACUGUGCCAAAAUGGGAUUCUUAUCUUUUUAAUGUGGUAUUUAUAAUGUUAACUGGCAUAUGUUAUAAAAGGUUUUUUUUAAGUAAUUAAUUCAAACAUGUUUAUUUAUUGGCGCUCUUGCUACAAAUUAUGUUCAAGAAUUGGUUGAGUCAUUUGGGUAUGGAAACUUAGGUACAAGGGAUGCUGGUCAAGUUGUAAUCAUGUAUCAUUAUACAAUUAAAUGGUUGUCAUUACCAUGUUUAAAUAUUUGUUUGUUAAUCAUUUUUUGAUUUGGGUAAGUGAACUAUUAACUGUAAUUUAAAUAUUAAGUUAAAUAAAGUAAUUUCUGUUACUUUUAUGAGCUUAUAAACCGAUAAUUUUUUAUAAAAAUCCUAUUUAUGAGAAACUGUUUUGUACAUAUAAAAAUAAAUUAGUUUAUUAAAUUA